UAGACCGGCUGACGGACAGAGUCCCAAGUUGUGUUAGCAAGCGCCACAGUUGGUUGCUUGUAAAGGGGGGUUAUGCCACGCGUGACUUCGUCGUUGCCGGCUUUCUGCCCUCCCCGGUCAUGGAUGUUGUUGUUUCGCUAGUAAUCCGCGUUCGACGAGCUCUGAAGGACAGGCGAACGCAACACGAUUGUAACCCCAGCGCGCGACAGAAGGGGACCUGAAUUAUUUCCGCGUAUGUUCGAUGCCAAGUCGCUCGCUGUUCGUUAACCGGGUUUUUGUGACUGUGAUACGCCGAGAGGUGCCGCGGUCUCCGUCCACGAAGAGGCGGUGUUGAUUUUGGUGAUUCUACAACCGAAAUUUGAAGAAUCUGAAUGUGUCUGUUAAUGGAUUACAACGAAUUGCAGUAACCCUGGAAAAUAGAAAGAUAAAUAAUUCGACGUGGGAAAAAAAAAAUACAAGAGUGGUGUCCUUUGCGUGGCAAUUUUAAUUUGUCUUCAGACUAUGAAUUAUGUUUGUGGUGUGCCCAGUUGGAUUUUAGCUUGAAUUGCAUAUCUACUUUAGAAUAGUUUUCGCUGUAUUUUGAAGGCCUAUGCAGCUUCUGGUUCCAACCUACUCUUGUUUUUAUGUUUCUGCACCAAAGUUUGCUCAAUCGCGUGAUAAAAUGUAGCAAUAACAAGCAAUGUGUGUCGCUAUGGAAAUCUUGUCUUCUUCGUGUUUAGACUUGAACACGGAGCAGAGUUCUAUUUUGUGGAAACGUAAUUCGGGUUCUAUUCUACUUUCGUCUUUAAAUUAAAAAAUUCUGUUGCUGAUUUCCCCCCUCAAACAAGCUGCCUUCACAUUUUUGAUAUUCCACUCAGCUUUAUAUAUUAAACGCAGAUAAGUUAAAUCAAAUUUAUGUUAAUUUAUUACUUAACUUUGUCAGUUUGACGACGUAUAAUUAUUUCGUAGUCUACUCCAAUUUUAUAUCAAAUUCUAGGGAAAAUAUUUAGGGCACUGUUCAGUGGGAGAAAUAUAAAAUGUAUACUAGUACUUAGCCGUGUCGAUCUCUUGGACAGUCAGCCCUGGAUGUUACGAAACACGUUCGAUAUUGAGAAUGAAGUGCGGAUUUUCCAGACAGAAACCAAAAUAAACCACCAAGCACUUUUUUGAAGCAGAAGAAGAAUGGUCGUACGAGGUUGAAGGCCGAGGUACACAAAUUAAGGGCGUCAUCCUUCGACUGCGCGGUCAUCCUGUGUGGAAUGCUCCGUGCAUUUAUUUCAGCAUUAAAACGUAAUGGAGUCUGAUACACAGAUGAAACAUGAAGAGUCUUUUGGGGUGUGAGAGAGCGAACAUGAGGACAGAACGGUGAUUGGUGGUUAAAUUUUGCGAGUGCCCCAUCACGACCAGAAUCUUCACCACGGGGGGGGGACCGCCAAAAUUUCCACACUCCGUCCUUCAAAUGUUUUGCGCCGUUAUGGCAUCAGGGAUGAACAGAUCCGAACAAGAGCAAUUAUACCGGCAGUCCAGAGAGGUCGUAAUCAAAGCUUCAUCCUCCAUGCACAGCCUGGACGGUGUCACGUCACGAAGACAGGGUAAAGGGGACGACGACAUCGUUUUGAGCGUCUUGAAGUCGCCUGUAAUCUCCAGUUGCCCAAGCUAUACGCGUCGACAGAGGAAUAAUCACCAACAGGAAGUUGCGUCUUCUGAUGAUGAUGGUGUUUUCGAGGAUCAAGAUCUGGAAGAACGACGCAGACUCAGAACGAGUGGCGACGAGGCGGAGGAAAACCCUGUCACAAACCAGCCCGCCCCUGAAUCUACAAGUCGGUUCAGUUUCUUCGGCGAACACUUGCGUCCCUUCAGGAAUCUCAGAGGACCCCGCUUCGGCGAGGCGCAUCAUAAACGCGUUCCGACGCCAAUCAAGAGACGACAUCGCCGGUUUAAUGACGCAUCGGCGCGUUACAGGACUGAAAGUGAGGACCUUGAAGAUGAAGACAUCGAAGGACUCGAAGACGAUGAAGAUACCGUGGACGGGGUUGAAGCUGGACACGGGUCGGGAGGCAAGAGGGGGAAGGGGCACGCGAAGAGAGGACCCCCAGGUGUUCCGGACCCAUACUACCCGAUUUAUUUGCCUAUCGACCAAGCGUUCAAGGCCAAGUAUGUGUUCCUUCAUAAAAGAGGCAGGACGUUCCAAGAGCGAGUGUACGUGUUCCUGGAACACCCUGGGGGUUGGUUGUGCUUCGUGUACCACUUUACAGUGUUUAUGCUGGUGUUGGUGUGCCUCAUCUUCAGCGUUCUCUCCACAAUUGAACAGCACGCCGAUUUCGCCAAUGAAACUCUCUUCUGGAUGGAAAUAUGUUUGGUCGUGUUUUUUGGUGUCGAGUACCUUGUUCGACUCUGGUCUGCUGGUUGCCGGUCCAAGUACAUGGGAUUCUGUGGUCGACUCAGGUUCAUAAGGAAACCAAUAUGCAUAAUAGAUCUGAUAGUGGUGGUGGCUUCCAUUGUGGUGCUCUCGGUGGGUUCCAACGGGCAAGUAUUUGCCACGUCGGCCAUCAGGGGAAUUCGCUUCCUGCAGAUUCUGCGCAUGCUCCAUGUAGAUCGACAAGGUGGAACGUGGCGUCUUCUCGGAUCCGUUGUCUUCAUCCACAGACAGGAGCUGAUUACGACGUUAUACAUCGGUUUCCUAGGACUCAUCUUCAGCAGCUAUUUUGUGUACUUGGCAGAGAAGGAAGAUGACGGUGACUUCACUAGCUAUGCCGAUGCGCUGUGGUGGGGAGUGAUUACUGUGACAACCAUUGGCUAUGGGGACACUGUACCCAAGACCUGGAUGGGAAAAAUUGUUGCAUCUUGUUUCAGCGUUUUUGCAAUAUCUUUUUUUGCUCUGCCUGCUGGUAUCCUGGGAUCAGGAUUUGCACUCAAAGUACAACAAAAACAACGUCAGAAGCAUUUUAAUCGUCAGAUUCCUGCAGCCGCCAUGUUGAUACAGUGCCUAUGGCGGUGUUACGCUGCAGACAAAUCAUAUAAUAGCAUCGCAACUUGGAAAAUCUAUAUAAAAGAUCUGAAUCAACAAAACCAGAACACAUCAACACCAUUAGGCAAGUCUCUCAUUAUCCAGGUUGCAAAGAAGGCGAGCGUCUUGAAAAGACGGAAAUCAAAGAACCGAAUGGAAGUGCCUAGCAAUGUGUUGGAAGGGGGCAGUAAUUCAAAUCGACGAGAGAGCGAAGGAGAUGUGGUGUUUUAUAUUGAGGAGCCUAAAGCAGGGACACCGAAUCGUGUAAGGAGAGAAGGUCGUGGGUCAUUGUUCACAAGCCAGACGAGUAGUGUUACAGAGGCAGCAUCUGAUGAGAAUGAUAUCGAUAUAGACGAACCUCAGAGGGUCACAUCCUGUUUAAUUUGGCGCAGGCUGACAGAAGCACACCGAAAUGCAAUCCGAGCAAUACGGAAGAUAAAGUACUUUGUUGCGCGUCGGAAGUUCCAGCAGGCGCGAAAACCUUACGAUGUGCGCGACGUUAUUGAACAGUACAGUCAAGGUCAUCUGAAUAUGAUGGUUAGAAUAAAGGAACUGCAGAGGCGACUGGAUCAGAUGCUAGGCAAGCCUGGAAGCUACAUGGCAGGCAUCGAUCGAGCUGGAAACGUAAAGCCCAUGACAAUUGGAGCCCGUCUGUAUCGACUUGAGCAGCAGUUAUCGGUGAUGGAGAAGAAACUGGACCAGCUCGUACAUGUGAUGAACGCUGUUGCCCAGAUGCAUCAGAUUCCUAUCCGUUUGGUAGAAGAUGAAGUCUAGCGAAUGAGGUAGAAGCAGUCCGCAUCGAUUUGGUAGUGCUUCAGGUGACGAUCCUGAGCCAGCGCUGUUCUCUGCUGUGCGUAUUGCUAAUUCAUUUGCCUCAACAGCCAGUUCGAUCAUUAAAUGAAUUUCAAAAAACUAUUUUAUCAUCUCUUAUGACUCUUUCCGUAUUGUAUCGUAGGGUAUUUCUCAGCACUUGUGUGGGUUAAUUACGUCAUGCCUUGUCAGUGUUUCUCUGGAAUUGGUAUUUUUGAAAGAGGAAAUAUGUCAGAAGAAUAGAAUAUGUUGUCCAUAACAUCCUGACACAAAAGUACGUGUUUUACCCAGUAUUGGAUUCUGUCAUUUAGAAUAUAAUUAUGGAUUAAGUUUUAUUUAUUGAAACAAUUGUACAUUAAUUUAGCCAGUAACAAUCAUAUUUUCAUUCCAAUGGUAUUCAAUGCCAUGGCUAUAAUAUUUAAUCUGUAAAAUGGAUUAAAUAUAUUUCUGCAGUCCUAUAUUAUUAUUUUUAUUUAAUUUUCAAGCACAUAUAAGGAGCAGAGCGAGAAACCACACACAGACAUGUCCUGGUUUAGUCCUUCCACGUACACAAAGUGAUCACUGUAUCAGAGCUUGAUGGAAGACAUUUUUAAUUACAUAUAAUAUACCUUGUUAAAAUUAAUGUAUCUGAGAACGUUUUCCAGAUGAUGUUUGUCAUUAAGGUGAUGGUUAGUGAAGCAGAACAAAGUUCUGAACCCCUGAAGGAAGGUGCUGAGAAUGAAGUAUGUACCGUUUCUUUUUAUCAGUCAUGCCCCCUUCUACUUAAGUGUAGAGAGUUGUACACUUAAAGUAUAUUAAUUUUAAAUUUACUUUUCUCAAGUUUUGAAAAGUAGUUUGCUGUACCACAGUACGUACAUACAUACCGUGACUUACUUUUAUCGAGUUAUAAGCUCGAUACAGACCACUCCUUUUCAAAAUUUAUUAAAUGUUUAACAAGACAAACAUGAAAUUAUUAUGGUAUGCCCUCUUUAUGUAGCCAUUAUUCAGUUCAGUAUUUACAAGAGCAAAUUUCAUUUUCAUGACCCCUUCAAAAAUUUAUAAAUAUCUGAAUAUGGCAUCACCAUUUUGGUUAUUCUAGUUUCGCUAGUGGUAAAGACCCAUUGAAAUUCAAUGGGGAAUGAUUUCUUUUGUACAUAGCUUCAUCCUUUGUGCAAACUGGUUCUCUUUCUCCCCCCCAUUCCAUGUAAUUUGAACAUUUUUGUCACCCUUGUAAAAAAAAACUCGUAUAAUAACUGCCCAGUGGUAGCAGUGACUGUAAAUAGAACAUUGUGCCAUCAAACAUCAUUUAUGAAUGCUCUCCACAUAAACCAUGUUUUAUCAUCAGUUUCAUGCCCACUUAAUACCUUCAAGUCCAAAUUAUUAAAUAUUUGAAUUUUUGUCAAGGAAAAACAUGAAGGAAAAUACAUUCACAUCAAUCAUAUUUUUUUAAUUGUGGGAAUUAUUUCUCCCAGUAAACUUGAAAGGGUUUAAUAUUAGCUCUGGAUUUUUACACAAGCAACUGAACAAAAAAUGGCUUUUGUAUGGCACAUAAAACAAUUAAUAUUUAUUUUAAUUCCACAUUUAUGUGUUCUAAUUUGGAUUAAUUUUUCCAUGUUCAGUGACUCUUAUGUUCACACAAAUUGUGAGCCUUUUGGCCAGUCUCUUUGCUCUCAUCGAAUAUAAUAAUUUUCAUGUCAGUAUCAUUAUUGUCCAUGCAGGAAUUCAUCGGCUGAAUUAUGUUACAGCUUUAGUUAUAAAAUAAUUUUCUCGCUAUUUAAUAGAUGGAAAUUAAAUAAAAUUUUACAUUAAUACUCUUAUUAACUGAGAUCAAAAUCAUCACUCCUUCGCAAGUUGAUGGCAUUAUAGCAAACUGGUGCAAAUCUGGAUUUGUCAAUUACAGUAAUUUAUCAGUACAUUCCGUUUCAAAAUAAGGGAGUUUAUUACUGAACAGUUGUAAAUAAGCAACCUGUAAUAUAGAUUUAUAUGUGGUUGUACAAAGUAAUGACAGAAGUUAGAUCUGUUAACUCCCAUUUCUGAUAAAAGUAUAUUUACGUAUCCAAAUCAUUUCUACCGUUACUGGUAGCAGUUGCUCAUAAUUCCAGUUGCUUUCAGCGUUAUGUUAUGUUAUCAGCAAAUCAUCAUCAUGUCGAGUAUUAGGCCAUGUGGCCUGUUACGGUUUCAUGCCAUCUUCUCCGUGGUCUUCCUAUGGUCUCUUCCCCCAAGGCUUAUAUGUUGCAUUCAGUUUUUUUAUGUUAUUGUGUUUCAUUAUUCUUAUAUGUUGUUUCCAUUUAGUUCAGAAUAUAAUUGUAUAAAUUUGAUAACUGAAUUGUUAAUUCUUCUAAAGUACUUUCAUAUUGUUUAUAAUCUAUAGUGCGUAACCUGCAGUUCAACAUACGUUAUGACAUGAAUCCAGUUUCCAUCUGCCAGAGUCACUGUACUAGGAAAUGGCACCACAAAUGGAGGAUGGAUUGGUGGAUCUGUAUUUUAAAAAAAUAGACAAACACAAUUCAAAGAGGAACGUUAUAUAACUGAUGUGGUAGCUCGAUAAUUCAUACACCUGAUGUUACUAACGUCUGGCUAAAUUAAUGCUGCUGUAAUAACAUUAAAUUAGAAGAAAGUUUCAAAAAUGGCAUGAAUGUUUUCUGUGUAACUUAAAUAAUCUUCCUGCAGAGCAUAUGUAGUGGAAAAUGCCCCAAAUAUCUCUCAUUUGCUUUUAUUUCAAUAACGUUAAUACUUUUCUUAGCUGAUUACAAUUAUAGUUUAUGUGCCUUAUUUCCUUGUUCGUUGUAAAGCGUUAUUUGUUAACCGUUAUCACGUGGAUAUAGGAUAUUUAAACUCCUGUGUUCAGGGCUGCCAACUGCACUUUUAGCCCUGGGGUUUAUGAUUUAAAGAUGUUAUUGGAGUCCAGAGUCAGCUGGAUCGCAUGCUGAUAAUGGUUAAUAUUUUAUUAGUAUGAUUUCUGAUUCCAUAUUUUAUGUUCUGAUAACAAUAAUAAUAUCAUCAAAAAUUGGUGUUAACUCUUUCACGCCUUUUGUAUUUUACAAAUAAAUUAUGUAAUUUGGCACAUAUCUUGACAGAAGCUUAUUCGUAUGUCACUUUAUUUUGAUGGGGACACAAGAUAAUUAAUAAGAAACCAAAAGUUAUUUUAUCCACAUUAAGGAUUAAAAUAUUUUUAAAAUGUAAUAACAUUCCCACACUUAUUUGACACAAAACUGUCCAUUUAUUGACAUUUAUUGAGGAAUUAAGUUUUUUUAAUUUAUUUGACGUUUUAAAUGAUCUAAUUUCAUUCAUGUGCCUUCACUAGGAAAAUUUUUUGUUAAUUCUAACAGCAUAAAUGAAGAACACUAAAAAUAUUACCUGUUUGGUGACUGAUUUCAGGCUGUGUCAGUAAGGACAAUAUUCUGUGGGAGCAAUAGACAUCUUUCUUGUUAGCUCCUCAGCUGAAAUCUCCUCCUUUGAAGGAAACCUUAAAAUGAAAUUUAAUGUACUUCUAAUAUUCAUUUGACAUAUAAUUAAAAAUUCUGCAGGGAGAUCAUAUAUCAAGUUCUGGAAAACAAGGAGUUGUGUGAUUCAUGUAUUAUAGUUAUUAAUGCGUUUGUUGAAUGGAAGAUUUGAUAACGCAGCUGGAGUGGGCACUAUGUCAAGACUUUCAAAUAAAUAAUAGUUCUCUGACUUUUAACUGUGGUGAGAAAUGUUGAGAAACCUAAUAUACAAAUUAAAGAGGAAUUUAUGAACUAUUUCCCAGGUACUUGCAGGGAAAUAUUUUUUGUGUUGUAUGUUCAUGAAGACGUGAUUUUAAGGGCUAGUAAUCGGUUGUGCACAUGCCUAAGAGAAGUGUUGAAGUGUGUUAUGCAAAGUGAAACUGCAUAAAAGAAAUUCAUAUAUGUGUGAGAUAUAUUGAACAUACGUGCUAACUUCCAACCAUUCCCGAGGAAACCAGAAAAGUGAAAUGAAUCGGUAGAUGGACAAUGUGACUACAGAUUUGAAACAAGACCAGGUAUUUCUGACCAUUCAUCCAUUCACUUUACAGUUUUACAUAAGAUUAUACUUUUAAAUAAUUAUAUUAUUUUAACACAUUUUCAAAUUGUAGUUUUUCAUUCGGAGUAUCACAUCCGAGCACUGCAUUGUUUAAUUUUUAAGUCACAUCAUUUUUGGUAGAAUUUCAUAUCAUAUAUUAAACAUUGAACCAUUAUAAUUCUUAACACUGGAUACUUUUUCCCCAGACAUGCAAAUGUGCAAUUAUGUAAACAUUUUACUUUGUCACAAAGAUUUUUCUUUCCAUGACAAAAUAUUUUAAUUUUUUUAAUUGGGAACCCUGUUGUAACAAUUUAUUAUUAAAAAUUAUAUUAUAAAAAUUAAAUGUGUUGUAUGAUGAAGGAUAUUGCAGAUUGGACACUGAAAGGUUGGAAUGGCUCAUGCCAAAAAAAUCAAAGUUAUACAUUGUGUGCCAUCUAUGAAAACUGAAGGACAAGGAAAUUUUAAUAUCUGAAUUCCAAGUAUUUGCAGUGUUGUAAACUUGUCUGAAUGGAGAUUUAAAUAAGUUAUUGUUUAAAUUGUUAAAUAUUUAGGUACUUAAUAAAUAGACCUAUUGAACA